AUGCAUCUGCUCUCGAUACUCGGGAUUGUCACUCUUUCCCUGUCGGGGUUCUCGACGGCACUGGCAAUUGAGGGAGAACCAAAUGUCAAUGGCACUCUGGUACAACAGCAUCUCAGAGACCGCGAGAAGCUGAUCGCGUUGGAAAAGACACAUCGGCAGGAUCACAUCUUCCGGCAGAGUCUCUCUCCAACUGCCAAACGGGCUGAUGAGAUUGUUCAAGCAAUUCGACAGCAUGAGAUUGACAAUUACUGGCGAGUGGCCGCCACGGACGUGGUCAAGCGAAUGCCCAAGGGUGCACUUCUGCAUGCGCAUCUAUCUGCUAUGCUGCCGUACGAUAAGAUUGUGAAAAUCAUCGUCCAGACUGAAGGAAUGGUAAUUUCCGCGUCACAGCCUCUUGACACCAAAGAGGCCAAGCAGAAUGCCACGUUCACUUUCGCUCAUAAUAACGGCACUCUUUCGACCACUCAUUCCAGGAUUGACGCUUCUGAUUAUAUUCCUAACACGGAGGUUCCGGUCAAAACUGCCGUGGCCAACUUCGAAGGUGGCGAAGCGGCUUUCAUUGAAUUUAUCAAAAGCAAGAUAACUAUUCCACCGGGUGAGUCAAUCCGCCACGAGUUAGGUGUAGACGAGAUCUGGAGACGGUUCCAGGCCUGUUUUGGUCCGACCGGAAGCAUGAUCCAGUACGAACCCGUUGUCAGAAAGUUCUACCAGACACUGUUCCAAGAUCUGGCCAGCGAUGGUAUUAGCUGGGUGGAGAUCCGAAGUGGUGGAUCGCAUGGGAAGCUAGUCCACAAUGGAGACGAAGACAUUGACCCUGAUCUCGACGCCUGGUGGCAUGUCUUGGUUGAGGAGAUUGACAGGUUCAAGACCACCGAGCUAGGCAAAAGCAAGAACUUCUUGGGUGCAAGAGUUAUUUGGUCGGAUACGCGCAUCAAGAACCGCGCUUCGAUCACCAAGAGUAUGAAAAUCGCUCUCCAAAGGAAGCAAAACUUCCCACAACUCUUUAGUGGCUACGACCUUGUUGCCCAAGAAGAUCUCGGUCGUCCUCUUUCUGAUCUGGCGCCGGAACUGGUAUGGUUCCGUCAACAGAGCGAGGCCUUGAAUCUCACCAUUCCGUAUUUCUUCCAUGCCGGAGAAACGCUGGGAGAUGGGAACUCUACCGAUCUUAAUCUGUUUGAUGCAAUCCUGUUCAACACGCGACGAAUCGGUCACGGCUUCUCCUUGUAUAAACACCCAAACUUAAUCCGUCAGGUGAUUGAGCAAAAUGUUAUGGUGGAAGUAUGUCCGAUUUCGAACGAAGUCCUUCGUCUGAACGAAGAUAUUCUUCACCAUCCAUUGCCGGCGAUGAUUGCCCACGGCAUUCCGACUGCAAUCAGCAACGAUGAUCCAGCCAUCCUAGGGCAGGACGUGGCAGGUUUGAGUUAUGACUUCUAUGAAGCCAUCCAAGCCUUUGACAAUAUUGGUCUAGCGGGAUUGGGUGCGCUAGCACAGAACAGUCUGCGGUGGGCAAACUUCGAAGACCAGUCUGGCGAAGAUUGGAUCCAAGAUAUUGACCGUGGUGAGCACGGAACUGGUACUAAGGCCAGGCACAUUCAAAGUUGGAACAGGGAAUGGGAGAAAUUUUGCAAGUGGAUUGUUGAUGAAUACGGCUCAAAAUACCCAGCAAUAUAG